AUGGAUUCAUCUGAUCUCCCCAUGGACGGGAAGUCGUCGAGGCCGCGGCUGGCUCCUCUCAAAGUUCGAAGGGACUCCUACGCGAUAAAGAAACGUCCGGUUGUGCCGCCUGCGCCACCCCAGUACCGGCGGCCCAUCAUAAUUUACGCCGUCUCGCCGAAGGUCGUCCACGCCACUCCUAGCGACUUCAUGUCGGUGGUGCAACGCCUCACCGGUGCCGCCGCCGCCUCCUCUUCGUCUUCUUCUGAUGCUUCAGUUUUGUCUGCAUCUGCUCGUUUAGCCACACACGCAUCGAGCAGUGAAAUGUUGAUGAAGGGCGAGCAAGAUCUAUCGGAUGAUCUACUGGGAGUCGAUGGUGGCAUGGUGUUUUCCCGAUCAUCCUUCGAUGGACUCAGCGAAGAUAUUUCCGGCAACAAGGGCGUCAUGGGGAUCAGCAGCUUCUCGCCAAGUCCUAAUCAUUCUGCUGCUGCUGCUGCUUACUGGGAGUUUUGGCUGCUGCAACAACAUGAUGGAGGUCGUAUCUGA